GAAGGAGACAACAUGUAGUAUCAUCAUUGAAUGGUUUUGGAUUAUUGAUAAAUCAUCAACAACAAGUCCGAUUGGUUUCAUCAUGCUGCGGAGGAAAACACAAAUUAAAAUCGGAAUCAACAAGUGAUCAUUCUGAUCAUUGCAAUACAAUGAAUACAUCAUCAAGCGAGACUCAUAAUCAAAAUAUUAAUACUCCGCCAAUGAAAAAUAACGCACCUUUGGAAAAGAGUAAAUUAUCAGUUUGGGAUUUGAAAUUUUGGAAAUGUAAACAUUCAUGGAAGAGAGCCUCUCUUAAUACACUGAACUGUUUAAUUGGAUGCUCAAUUGGUGAUUUUUCAAUGAUGUGGUUUCUGACAAGUCAAUAUCCAGAGCUAGGCAUGGCCAUGAUUAUGCCAAUAUGUAUGGCUUCUGGUAUAGCCACAAGUUUAGCAUUGGAAACUGCUCUCCUGAGAUAUAGAGAGAAAUUCGAUACCACUGUAGAAGCUUUCAGAAUGGCUUGCAAGAUGAGUUUCUUCUCCAUGUUAACAAUGGAAUUGAGUGAAAAUAUAACAGAUUAUGGAAUGAUGACCUAUUGGGGGUUAUUGAAUAAUGAUAAUGACACUGGAUGUACUUCCAUGCUUCAAGUGAAUGAACCUGCAUUUUGGGUUUCACUUGCUGCUAGUCUUUCGAUGGGUUAUUUGGUUCCUCUCCCUUACAAUUAUUAUCAAUUGAAAAAACAUGGAAAGAGUUGUCAUUAGAGAUGGAUAUGGACAAGAUAUGGAUACAUUGGAUUUUUCUGAUAAUUUGUGUGAACUUUUGAAUCUAGAGUUUCUGUUUUUGCAAAUUAUACCACAAGACGAAUAAAUU